AUGGCCACCAAAGCGAACUCCGUUGCGCACCCCACCCUCAUCGAGGUCGAUCCCUUUGUUCCUGCCGAUCAGCAGAAAGGAAUCCACAACCGUUGGCACCCCGAUAUUCCCGCGUUCGUUACAGUGAAACCAGGCGAAGUGUUCAAGAUCCAAUGUGUCGACUGGACUGGUGCUCAGAUUGGCAACAAUGAUUUUGCCGAUGACAUGAGGGAUGUGGAUCUGACAAAAAUCCAUAAUCUGUCUGGUCCGGUUGCUGUUGAAGGCGCCGAGCCCGGAGAUUGUUUGGUUGUCGACAUAUUGGAUGUUACCCCGUUCGAGAAGAUGCCUUGGGGUUAUACCGGUAUCUUCGAACUUACGAAUGGCGGUGGCCUGUUCGCUCGGGAAUUUAACAGCAAGGCAGCCAAGGCAAUCUGGGACUUCGAGGGUGUCUAUGCUACCUCAAGGCACAUUCCCGGCGUUCGCUUUGCCGGUGUCUCCCAUCCUGGCUUGAUCGGUACAGCUCCUUCCGCAGAACUCCUUGCGACCUGGAACAAGCGCGAGGGCGAUCUCAUUGCCGCCCACGCGAAUGCUGUCCCGCCGGUGGCGUUACCGCCUCUGGCUCAAGGUGCAUAUAUUGGUCAGGAGUUGCCGGAUGAUGUGAGGGCGAAGAUCUACGCUGAAGGCGCUAGAACGGUCCCUGGACGAGAGCAUGGCGGAAACUGCGAUAUCAAGAACUUGUCGAAGGGUUCUCGUUGCUACUUCCCUGUCUUCGUCAAAGGUGCAAAUCUGUCAGUCGGCGAUCUGCAUUUCUCGCAGGGCGACGGAGAAAUUUCGUUUUGUGGAGCCAUUGAGAUGGCAGGUAUCAUUACCUUCAAGACGAGCAUCAUUAAGAACGGCGUCGAGAAGUUCGCACUGAAGCAACCGCUCUUCUUGCCCUCCCCCGUGGAUCCUCUGUACUCAGCGAAGCUUAUCUUCGAGGGUAUCAGCGUGGACUAUCAUGGCGAUGGCAAGCAAUACAAUAUGGACGCGACCGUCGCUUAUAAGCAGGCUGCAUUGAACGCCAUCGCUUACUUGAUGAAGCUUGGAUACACGCGCGAGCAAGCAUACUUGCUGUUGUCUGCUGCCCCUGUUGAAAGCCAUGUUGGCGCCAUCGUUGACUCGCCGAACGCCUGCGUGACCCUCGCCCUUCCCUUGGGUAUCUUCGACCAUGACAUUUUGCCCAAGGAGGAAGGUCUCACCAAGAAGGAGUUUGGCCAGUGCGCCAUUCGUAGCGAUGGCGUUGUCUAA